AUGCUCGCCCAGUCGCUCCUGCUCACCAUCUUCGCCGCGUCCGCCGUGGCCUCGCCCACCCCCGAACUCCACGACCUUCUCCCGACCCGGUUCACCCCUGUCGAGCGCGCUGUUAACGCCCUCGGAAACGCGCUCCAGGGCCGCCAGGCCGGAGGGUGCCCGUCGGGCUACCGCGAGUGUGGGGUUGACGGAUGCUACCCUCUCGACGGCUCGACCUGCUGCGGAAGUGAGGGCACCUACUGCGAGCCCGGCUACCGCUGCACCAGUGGCGGUUGCUGCCCUGUUGGUGAGAUCUGCACUGGCCAGGCCGGCACCCGCACCAUCUCUGCCACCGGCGCAGUCACCAGCACCCGCACCUCGUUCGGGAGCGGCACCACUGCCUCUGCUGGCACAGGCUCGUCUGGCACUGGCUCGUCUGGCACUGGUUCGUCUGGCACUGGCUCGUCUGGCACUGGUUCGUCUGGCACUGGCUCGUCUGGCACUGGCUCGUCUGGCACAGGCUCGUCUGGCACUGGCUCGUCUGGCACUGGCUCGUCGGGCACUGGCUCGUCGGGCACUGGAUCAUCUGGCACCGGAUCAUCUGGCACCGGAUCAUCUGGCACCGGAUCUGGCUCGUCUGGCACUGGCUCGUCUGGCACUGGCUCGUCUGGCACUGGCUCGUCUGGCACUGGCUCGUCUGGCACUGGCUCGUCCGGCACGGGAACAGGCGCCGCUGGUCCUGGAGGUGCCAGCGCUGCCCUCCCCGCAACGGCUGUCAAUGCCUUCGGAGUUGUCCUCGCCGUGGUUCUCGCUGUUUCGGCGUAA